UUUUGUUUUACAAUGUUAACCUAAAAUACUUUUAGUUUUCAUUUCGAAUUAUUGUACAAAGUGCAAUUAUAACAGUAGUGUUUUUGAAAAUGACAGAGAAAACAAAAACUAUGAGUCACGUCAAACAUAUUCCGAAAGAUGCUCAAGUUAUUAUGUCAAUUAUGAAAGACAUGGGAAUAACAGAUUACGAACCAAAGGUUAUAAACCAGUUGCUUGAAUUUACGUAUCGUUAUGUUACUUGUAUAUUAGACGAUAGUAGAAUUUAUGCAAAUCAUGCCAAAAAGAAGUUCAUCGAUUUAGAUGAUGUUAGAUUAGCUGUUAAGAUGCAAUUAGAACGUACUUUUACAAACCCACCACCAAGAGACGUGUUAUUAGAUGUUGCUCGGGCAAAAAACAAUAUACCACUUCCAUUUGUGAAACCAAGCAAUGGUCUGAGGUUACCUCCUGACAGAUAUUGCUUAAAUGCAACAAAUUAUAAACUCAAAAAUGCAACAAAGAAAAUAGUUGGGAAACCAUUACAUUCUUUAGUUGGAAAUAAUAUUCCAGGUGGUCAAUCUAAGAUCAAAGUAGAAAGCAAUAAAUCUGGCCUUUCUAUUGUUAAAAGACCUGGAACACUUGCAACAGUUGCUAGAACUCAAACUAUUUCAAUGCCAAAACCUGUUUUGAAAUUUUCAUCAGCCACAACAGGAGCAGCUACUGUAAAGGCACAAGUAGCUAAACCAAAAAUUCAAAUUUCCUCAGGACAAACAAUGCCUCCUGUCAAAGUAGAAGUUGAGGAUUCUAUUAAAAGAAAAAGGGAAGAUGAUGAUUAUGACGUACCAUAA